ACUGACCACGUGGCGUGUGUACGAACCACGAGGGGAUUCGGCGAUGCUGAGCUGUCCAUUUGAUUGCGAGAAUGGAUGUGUCGUAUUGCCUGCAACUUGUGGACUCUCUGGAUGCAAUGUUCCUGGCCAUGCUUCCACUUCGAGAACUGAAUCCAUCAUUGAACAGGACGCCGCCAUCACUUUACGCUGCCUCUGCAGAUGGAGCCGAUGUGGAGGGACGUAUUCGUGAGUUCCUGGAUGCUGCCUGUGAAUUAGAAGCGAACUUUGUUAACCUCCGACUGCAGCAUCAGCAAGACCGGAAGUCAGUGCUGAAGAAGGAAAUUGCAACCUUGGAAGCAGAGAUUCGCGAAAAGGAUGCACUUGUGAAGAAAACGCAGGCUUCGAUCAACGCGUGGCGGCAACAGGUGGCAGCAGCGCAAUUAACACUUGAAAAGUCUCUGAAGGAGGUCUGACAUGUAUAAUUCAUGUUCUAACCAAGCUAGUGAUAAUCGAACCCCUGACUAUGCCAUUCACCUAGAGUAGUAGUAGUAGUAGUCGUCGCCGUCGUCAUCCUAGUGCCAAUGGUAGUAAGUUGUGGUUGUUGAUCGUAAUAUCGGUGGCUGCUUAUUUGAUUUCUCUGUUAAUUUUGACAACAGCAGAGCCAUCUUCUUCUUCUUCUUCUUCUUCUUCUUCUUCUUCUUCUUCUUCUUCUUCUUCUUCUUCCUCCGCCUGCUCUUCUUCUUCUCCUUCUCCUUCUUCGGCGGCGGCAGCGGCUUUGGCUUUGGUGUUGUUAUCGUUGCCCUCAUAUUUGUCUUCGUCUUCUUGCAGCAGCGGUUGCAGUGCUAUAGAUAUGGACUCUGUAGUGUUUCCAGAAAGUGUUUGAUUUGUUGAACCAACUUGAACGGUCCUCCUGCCAACGUGAGUGGCACAAUGAUUGUGCGGGACUAGUUUUUUUUGCAGAUUUCUUACAAUUUUGUUACAGGGUUGAUAACUUGAUACUGAGGGAUUCAUUUUGUUGUCCUUGAGAGUCCUCACUCUUUCAGAACUCUGUGCGGAUCUGAACAGCCUGAGUUUUCCUUCAGGGGCAAUCAGCUCUAAGCAUUGGGGGAAAGACUCUCAGAUCUAGUCAUAACAGUGUUUAAUACAUCUGCACAGAUUCUGCAGUCUUGCUCUCCCAUCUUCUUUGUUAUUAAUGAAGUGUUCACCAAAUC